AUGGAUGUUCUUACUCAAAGAGGCGAAGAGUUAGAAUGGCGUGAGUGGGCUAGGUGGGUCAAGUACGAGGAGAAGGUGGAAGACGGAGGCAAGCGCUGGUCUAAGCCUCACGUGGCGUCCCUCAAUAUGCAUUACGUGAUGGAACUGAGGAAGCAGAUCUUAGACGGGGUUCUGAUGACUGAUGUUGAGUGCUAUACCAUCGCGCAGGUUGUGGAUCAAUUUCUUGAUGCCUGGAUAGCUAACAAAUCCUUAGACCCCGUCUUGAGGCAACACGUUCGAACCCUCUGUUUGAAGCAGCACAGACAUCGACAUGAGAAGGGCAGACCGGAGGACAAAAAGAAAAACAUCAAAAGAAACAACACCACCGGAGAUCUGAGGAAACAGAUGUCGGCCUCCC